ACAUCUCAGCCGCACGAUCUAUUGUGUUCUAUGAACCGAACCGAAUGUAUGGCUGUCUAUUAAGCCCAUAUUCACUUAACGGACCAAAGCCCUUAACAAUUGCGCUUGAUCGAUAUUCAAAACAAUUUAAUAUUUAAAUUGAACUCGAGACGAAACUGAAUCGCUCAUCACUCCUUCUCAAACCUCAAAACUGCAGUGGAGGCGCAACGGUCAUUUCGAAAGAUGGUGAGGACGAAGCGAACCAAUAAUACUACACGGGAGACGACGAUCACCAAGAGAAGAAAGAAGCUCGCUAAGGAAGAAGAAGAAGAAGAAGAAGACGAUACACCUCUCACGGGCAUCUUCUGUCUUAAACAAAGACAAGACAUGAAGAUCUUCGAGGACAAAGAGGAUUGCUUUAUCCUCGAUUUCGAUCCCAACGAUUCGUUUGACUCAGAGAAGCUCUCCUCCUCUGAAAACCCAGAAAGUGACGAUGACGUGGCGAUUGUCCAUGAGAAAGGCCAGGUGGCUUGUAGGGAUUACCCACACCCAAGGCAUCUCUGCUUGAAAUAUCCAUUUGGAUCAACCAAUCACCAACUCCAUUGUAACAACUGCUACUGUUAUGUAUGUGAUGUGGCUGCGCCUUGCCCACAUUGGACGCCUGUUGCUUACGAAUCGCAUUGUGAAGCAUCGGCGGAAAGAAGGUGGAACCGUUUACGGGAGCUUCACCGCAAGUAAACAGGAGUCUUGCUGCUCGCCUUUGUAAAACACCAAACAACAAGUGAAGGACUUUCUGAUGGAGUUUUGGGGUUUCCAAUGGCAGAAGCUAGAUUGAUGAAUAUUAUAUUAUGAAUAUUGUAUGUAACUCAGCCCCCAUCUUUAGCUGAAUAUUAUACUUAAUAAAAUGAAUAAAACCUCAUUUCUGCUUUA